UACAACUUCACUACCACUGCAUUCCCUCAUCCCCUCUCCCUCUCUCUACCCAUUCCACUUUCUCUCUCUAGAAUCUCCGAUGGAUCCCGUGGACUCCUGGGGCAACACCUCUCUCCAAACCGUCGACCCGGAGAUCCACGACCUCAUCGAGAAGGAGAAACGCCGGCAGUGCCGAGGAAUCGAGCUCAUCGCCUCCGAGAACUUCACCUCCUUCGCCGUCAUCGAAGCCCUCGGCAGCGCGCUCACCAACAAGUACUCCGAGGGCUUGCCGGGAAACCGUUACUACGGCGGCAACGAGUACAUCGACCAGAUCGAGAACCUCUGCCGGAGCAGAGCCCUCAAGACCUUCCGUCUCGACCCCACCAAAUGGGGCGUCAAUGUGCAGCCCUAUUCGGGAUCUCCCGCCAAUUUCGCCGCCUACACGGCGGUGCUCAACCCGCACGAUCGGAUCAUGGGCCUGGAUUUACCGUCCGGUGGUCACUUGACUCAUGGGUACUACACUUCCGGUGGGAAGAAGAUAUCGGCGACGUCCAUUUACUUCGAGAGCUUGCCGUAUAAGGUGAAUUCGAGUACUGGAUAUAUCGAUUACGAGAAAUUGGAGGAGAAGGCGUUGGAUUUCAGGCCCAAAUUGAUCAUUUGUGGAGGGAGUGCGUACCCUAGGGAUUGGGAUUACGCGAGGUUUCGGGCUGUUGCGGAUAAGUGUGGUGCUCUUUUGCUCUGUGACAUGGCUCAUAUUAGUGGACUUGUUGCUGCUGAGGAAGCUGCAGAUCCCUUCGAAUACUGUGACAUAGUAACAACUACUACCCACAAGAGCCUCAGAGGUCCUAGGGCUGGUAUGAUCUUCUACCGGAAGGGCCCCAAACCAGCCAAGAAAGGCCAGCCAGAAGAUGCAGUUUAUGACUUUGAAGACAAGGUAAACUUUGCUGUUUUCCCCUCCCUCCAGGGCGGUCCCCACAAUCACCAGAUCGGUGCUCUGGCUGUUGCCCUGAAACAGGCCAUGUCUCCUGGGUUCAAGGCCUAUGCCAAGCAAGUGAAGGCCAAUGCAGUUGCCCUUGGAAACUACCUGAUGGGCAAAGGGUACAAGCUUGUCACUAGUGGAACUGAAAAUCACCUUGUUCUCUGGGAUCUUCGUCCUCUUGGAUUAACUGGCAAUAAGGUUGAGAAGCUUUGUGACCUAUGCAACAUUACUGUGAACAAGAAUGCUGUUUUUGGUGACAGCAGUGCUUUGGCCCCUGGAGGGGUUCGCAUUGGUACUCCGGCCAUGACUUCCAGAGGGUUGGUUGAGAAGGACUUUGAACAGAUUGCAGAGUUCCUCCACCGGGCUGUGACUGUCACAUUGAAAAUCCAGGAGGAGUUCGGAAAGCUCUUGAAGGACUUCAACAAGGGUCUGGUGAACAACAAAGACAUGGAGGAACUCAAGGCUGACGUCGAGAAGUUCUCGUCCUCUUUUGACAUGCCCGGCUUCUUGAUGUCUGAAAUGAAGUACAAGGAUUAAGCUCUCCAAAGUUUUCUUUGUUAUUGUAUCAUCUUCUUGUUUGUUUGAAUCAUAAAACUUCCUCUUUGAAUUUUGGCAUUCAUAUCAUCUACUUGGGGGAAGAAUAACGGUCAACUAUUCUCCAUACUACUCUUGUUUCCUGUGUUUUAGGAUAGUGAUCUGAUUUUAUUUUUAUGAACUUAAUUGAUGUAGGGCUUGGCCAAUGAAUUUCACUUGUAAAGGUUAAUCUAGCCCUGGAAGAUCCCUGUUUGGAUUGACUUAUCAAACAACGUUUUUGUUAAAUUAUAA